AUGGCAACUGCCUUCGCCUCGCGCAUCCCGACUGAGCGCUUCGCACUCGUCGCACUCGCCGUUGCUGCCUCUGCCCUCGCUAUCCCCGCAUACCGCGACUACCGGAUCUUCAAAUCGUACGGACCGGGCGGUGUGCCGAAUAACGCGCUGGGAUGGGUUUUGGUGCGCGUGCUCUUCCAGCCCUUUGGGCGGGAGAUGCUUAGCACGGACGAGUAUGUGCGCCGCAUUGCAGCGGCAGAGGGUCAUGGGAAAGGGGAUGAUGGGUUCCUUGUGUUAUCGGAGGAGCGUGGGACGAGACCGGUUGUCGGGCCGCAUGUUGUGCCGCAGAGGCAGUUGACGCAGGUUCCCGAUGAGGCGGUGAUGGAGAAAUUGGGUGGUGUCUUUGAAUCCUUUGCUCGUCGGAAUCAUCAUCUUGUUAAGUUGGCUCGGUCGAAUCUGGAACGCCAUGCCGAUGGGAUCUUCCUGGCGGAUCAUCUUCCUGCUUCGGGUCUUGCGCGGACUAUGCAGGGCGAGAUUGCUCAUGUUCAUUUUGGGAAUGAUCACUCCCUGCAUAUGGUGCUUGCGCCGGCUGAUUGUAUCAAGAUCAUCGAGGCGGGAUGGGGCCAGCGUCAUGCUUUCUCGGGGUCAUCUGCCAUGACUUUUCUCUCACUGGGUACCCGGCCUGACAUUCCUGCCGAGUACUUACUGAUCUAUGCACCGCGAACAGAGGCUGAGAUCGAAACCGUCAUGCAGAUUUUGUCGGCCAGUGUCAAGUUCAUGACUGGCCGGGAAGAUGUCCGGUGA